AUGGCAACUUCUUCAGUCCUUGGAUCAGCUUUUCUUCCAAAUAAUUUACUUUCUCAAGAUGGGCAUUCUUUUGCACACACAUUCAGCAAACCCACCACUACCAAUCUCUCUAAGUUCAAUGGAGUAAUACUAGCAGCCUUGGACAAUAAUACGCGGGAUCAGUUGAACAGCAAGGUGAACCGAUACCAGGAACCAAAACCGAAAAGGUCCCUCAAAUUCUCUGGAGAAAAGCCCUCUACUCCAAUUCUGGACACCAUAAACUACCCAAUUCACAUGAAGAAUCUUUCGGUUCAGGAACUUGAUAAAUUGGCUGAUGAGUUAAGAGAAGAGAUAGUAUACACAGUGUCAAAGACAGGAGGACAUCUAAGUUCAAGCUUAGGGGUGGCAGAGCUAACAGUGGCACUCCAUCAUGUGUUCAACACUCCUGAAGACAAAAUCAUUUGGGACGUUGGCCAUCAGACCUAUCCACAUAAGAUUUUAACUGGCAGGAGAUCCAGAAUGCAUACAAUUCGUCAAACGUUUGGCCUUGCAGGGUUCCCCAAGAGGGAUGAAAGUGAACAUGACGCCUUUGGAGCUGGCCAUAGUUCUACUAGUAUUUCAGCUGGCUUAGGCAUGGCUGUUGGCAGAGACUUGUUAGGGAAGGACAACCAUGUAGUUGCAGUUAUUGGUGAUGGUGCCAUGACGGCUGGACAAGCAUAUGAGGCAAUGAACAAUGCAGGCUAUCUUGAUUCAAAUCUCAUUAUCAUCUUGAAUGACAACAGGCAAGUCUCUUUGCCCACUGCUACACUGGAUGGCCCUGCACCUCCUGUUGGCGCUCUAAGCAAAGCAUUGACGAGGCUACAUUCAAGUAGAAAAUUUCGCCAAUUACGCGAAGCAGCAAAGGGUAUCACAAAACAAAUUGGAGGGAAAACACAGGAAAUUGCUGCUAAAGUGGAUUCCAAUAUGAGAGGAAUGUCGGGAGCAUCUGGCGCCUGCUUGUUUGAAGAGCUAGGACUAUAUUAUAUUGGUCCAGUUGAUGGCCAUGAUGUGGAAGACCUUGUUGAUGUACUAAAGAAGGUCAAGUCAAUACCAGCACCAGGACCGGUUCUUAUUCAUGUUAUCACUGAGAAAGGCAAAGGUUAUACUCCAGCUCAAGUAGCAGCAGAUAAGAUGCAUGGUGUUGUGAAAUUUGACCCCAAGUCAGGGAAGCAAUUGAAGUCAAAAUCAAAUACUCUUUCGUACACCCAGUACUUUGCGGAGUCUUUGGUAGCUGAAGCAGAGAAAGAUGAUAAAAUUGUAGCCAUUCAUGCUGCAAUGGGAGGAGGUACAGGACUUAAUCUGUUCCAAAAGAGAUUCCCAUACAGAUGUUUCGAUGUUGGGAUAGCAGAACAACAUGCUGUGACCUUCGCUGCUGGUUUGGCAACUGAAGGACUUAAGCCUUUCUGUGCCAUCUACUCUUCUUUCCUGCAAAGGGGCUAUGAUCAGGUUGUUCACGACGUAGACCUUCAAAAACUUCCAGUAAGGUUUGCUUUAGACAGGGCUGGCCUUGUGGGUGCAGAUGGUCCAACCCAUUGUGGUGCCUUUGACACAACUUUCAUGGCUAGUUUACCUAAUAUGGUGGUCAUGGCUCCUUCAGAUGAGACUGAACUAAUGAACAUGGUGGCCACAGCUGCAGCCAUUGAUGACAGGCCUAGUUGCUUUAGAUACCCCAGAGGAAAUGGCAUUGGUUCCGUUCUUCCACCCAACAGCAAAGGAACUCCUCUAGAGGUUGGCAAGGGAAGAGUGCUUCAAGAAGGAAGCAGGGUGGCUAUUCUUGGGUAUGGAACCAUAGUUCAAAGUUGUAUGGAAGCAGCCAAGCUUCUUCAAGAGUUAGGCAUCUCAGCAACGGUGGCUGACGCAAGAUUCUGUAAGCCUCUUGAUGGAGAGUUGAUCAGACAGCUAGCUCAAGAGCAUGAGGUCCUCAUCACAGUCGAAGAAGGAUCAAUCGGAGGAUUUAGCUCUCAUGUUUCUCAUUUCUUAAGCCUGAAUGGACUCCUAGAUGGAAAUCUCAAAUGGAGGCCUAUGAUGCUCCCAGACAGAUAUAUUGAGCAUGGAUCUCAAACAGACCAGAUUGAAGAGGCAGGACUCAGUUCAAAGCAUAUUGCAUCAACUGUUAUGUCACUAGUAGGAGGAUAUACGAACAACCUUCACCUUUUCCACCCAUAG